AUGGAUGAAUCCAAAUCCGAGUUCAAGCUGCCCGGAUUCCGUUUCCAUCCUACUGAAGAAGAGCUCCUUAAUUUCUACCUAAAGAAGGCGAUCUUUGGCAAAUUUUUGCGCACUGAUAUCAUCGGCUUUUUAAAUAUUUACAAUCAUCAUCCUAGGGAGUUACCGGGGAUGGCGAAAAUUGGGGAGAGAGAGUGGUACUUCUUUGUGCCUAGGGACAUAAGACAUGGGAGUGGAGGAAGACCUAAAAGGACUACUCAGAAUGGGUUCUGGAAAGCUACCGGAUCAGAUAGAAAAAUAGUAAGCAUGUCGGAUCCUAAGAAGAUGUUGGGGCUAAAGAAAACACUGGUAUUUUACGAGCGUAGAGCACCUCGACCGUUAAAGACUGAUUGGGUCAUGAACGAGUAUCGCUUGCCAGAUUCAUGCUCCUUGCCCAAGGACAUAGUGUUGUGUAAGAUAUAUAGGAAGGCAACCUCCCUCAAAGUGUUGGAGCAGAGGGCUGCAGCAAUGGAAGAAGAAAUACUCAAAGUUGAGGCACCCAUGGCCACGGAUGCCGUUUCAUUCUGCGUUCAAAUUGAUGAAAGAAACGCGGUAUUCAAUCAGGAAAAUGAAGACAUUCUAGAAGUAGAAGAGAAAUAUUUUGAUGCAACAGGAAUAAGUAGAGAGAGGAAGACUUCCCCUAAUCUAGUGUUACCACAUGUGAAGGUGAAUUUGGCAGAGCUCCAGGUGCCUACAUAUAGCAUGGACUGGACCCAAGACUCUUUCUGGACACAAUUGUGUAGCCCUUGGCUCGAGAAUCUCACCACUUUGGCAAGCGAAUGUGCUCAAUUUCUAAAUUACACGUCUUAA